GUUGAAUUUCGUGUACAUUCACAGUGGUUAGCAGAUACGAUUUAUCUGUCCACUUGAAGAGUGAUCUGAACUCGACAUGCGAUUGUACCACGGGUUACUGUUGGCUCUGUUAAUAAUUGUCCAAGUGACAUUAACUGUUGCCGAACAAUCAGCGAACGAUGAAGCCGAAAGGAAACACCAUCAUCGGCCGAGGAAGCACUCUGACGAACACACUACACACGACGACUACAGCGAGCCGGCCUCAGACGAGGACAACUGGGGCUCGAGACACCGGCAUCAUAGGAGGAGGGACGAUGAAGCAGAACACAUAGUCCCCAUCUCUGAUGAUUUGAGAAGAAUACUAGGAAUUAGAAGCCACAAGGAAUGCAGUGACCUUCUGUAUCAGCUGACCGGCCAUCACGACGAGACCUCUGCCUUGAAGUACAUCGAAAGCAUCACAGGACUGACUGAUGAGCAUCAAGUGUUCGAGUUCCUGAGGAAGGCGAAGGGUUCCAGGAGUUGGAAAUACGUGGUGGAAUUCCUGAAGCUCAUGGAUGAUGCUCCAUAUAUCAACACUAUUGUGGAGCUGUUGAAACAAAUGACAAACGAGAAUGACGUAUUGAAGGCGUUUGCUGUGAUGAAGCCUCUGAUCGGCCAUGAUGACUUCGACGGCAUUUACGAAAGUCUGCAGAAAAUUUCGGGUGAAAAAGAUCCGCACGAAAUUGCUGAUUAUUUCAAGCAUAUUGCUCACACAAGUGGAGUUGAAGGCGUGAAGCUUGAGAUCUUGAAGUUGACGAGUGGUAUUGGACCAGCGGAGUUCCCCAAGCUUCUCGAAGUACUGCUGCCUGAGAUAGAUAUGAAGGGAGCAUUCAAUCUGCUUAUUUUGGGCACGAGGACCUUAGACAUCGGCGACGCAAUCACAGCUGUCAACCGAUUGUUGAAGACCAGCUCACUCACCGAGAGCAUAAUUCUAUUGAGAACUGUAACUAAGCAGACACAAACGAAAUACGCCUUAGAAGAACUGACGCAAUCCUUGAAUCGCGGCAGUUUGAGGGUGAUUAUAGAGAACCUGUAUAAGGUGGGUGGCUGUGACAGCUUGCUGCAAGUACAACAGAUAUUCAAUGAAGUGUUCGGAACUGACAACAUAGUGGCGGUGAUUCACAAGAUUAACCAGGUGACGAAGCGUCAGUAUGCGCUGUACUUCCUCAACUCCCUGGUGGAUGUCACGCAGACGAAGAACAUUCGAGAAGCCGCCGACGUCAUACUGGGACUCACGGAUAGACAGUUGUCUCUUUUGGACGUAUUGGAGCAACUCCGCAUCAGAUCAGGUCAUGAAGAUAUCAUCGACUUCUUUAAGAGACUCAUGUCCAUUACUGGAACCAAAUCUGUGCAAGAAGCCUGGCAGGUGUUGAUAACGGUCACAUCUACCACCGAUAUAUUCGUGUUCUUCGACAAAGUGAACAAGUAUACGAGCGUGGAGGUCGUAGUGUUCCUCGAGACGAUACUACGAGUCACCAAUGCUACCAACAUCAGAGUAGCGGCCGCCAUGUUGGCUAAAAUCUGCGGGUUAGACGAUUUCUUCGACAUCAUUCUGGUGAUAUUUGAAAUAACGGAAAUGGAUAUCGUCAAAUUCUUCGAGAACAUAAUAACGAUCAGCAAAGCAUUCUAUUUAGAGGAAGCUGUCCUUGUAACUGAAGAUUAUACGUCUACAGACAAUUUCAUCGACGCAUUGAGGGACUUGAGAAGAGCUACUGGACAACCAACCAUGAUAAAAGCGAUAGACUACAUAAAACAGAACAAACCUCGCAUCGCUCGAUCGACGACCACUUCCACGACUACAGUUCGUCCAACAACAACCACUGAAGAGUAUUACAGCGAAGAAGUAUACGACGACGAUGAUUUCUCCGAUGAAGAAGCUACUACAGCUUCUUCAUCGGAUACAGAGAAAGAAUGGACCACUAGAGACAAACCGGUUCAUACCGGAUCUAAUCAGGAACAAGAUUAUGGAGAAAAUGAUAAAACUGUCAAUAAGAAAGACACUGAAAAGAAUACCAGUUCUAACGAUGAGGAUUACGAAGAUGAUGAAUCUGUUCAUACUAAAAAGAAAAUAACUACAUCUACUGAUGAACAUGAUACUAAUAUACAAAGAAAGAACACUCAUGUUAAGAAAUAUACCACUUCUGAAGACGAUUAUACUACUAAUGAUGAUGAAACAAUAUCUGAUGUAAAUGAAGACACCGAGGAUGAUGAAAUUGAUAUAUCUUCUACGAAAAAAACUAAUUCACAUAAACACGCAAGUUCCACUGAUGAACAUGAUUCUGAACAUAAACAUACCUCUUCCACUGAUAAACAUUCUAAUAACAAAGAUGAUUAUGAAGAUGAUGAAGACAGCAUUGAGGACCAAAAUGACGAAAACGCUACAAGUGUAAUAUCUGCUGAGAAACAAACAACUACCAAUGAUGAAGAAACUACUGAUGAUGAAUCUACUUCUAAAACACAGACUGUUACCAGAAAGCAAUCUUCUACGAAACACAACACUUCUAACAAAGAAAAUAAUGAUACUGAAGAUGAUGAAGAUUUCACUACGUCUACUGUGGAUGACGAUGACGAUACUGACGAACAAACAAACAACAGAAAGAAACAUGUCACUACUAAUCAUGAACAUAGAAAAUCAAGUGAAGGCCAAGAUAAUUCUGACAACCAAGACAGUAUAGAUGAAGAUAAUUUUACUGAUGAAAAGACUACUGAAUAUUUAGGCUCCAAAACGUACUUUACAACUGAAUCAAGUACUAUUAAAGAUGAUGAUGGAGUAGACAUAGAAGAUAUUACUACAACGGACUCUAGUGCUAUACAGGAUGCUGAUACUAGUGACUCCAUUACUACAAAGAGCACUAUUGAACAGGACGACAAUGCAAUAACAACAGACAGAACUCGUACUGUAGAAGUCACGACUGGUGACAUUAGCGCUGCAGAUGAAAGUACCAUAAAAUCAAGCACAACUGAAAACGCCUACACUAUUACAGAAGGUACAGAAGGUGUUACCACCACUGAAAGCGCUACUACUAACACAAAAGACGAUGUUGUCGUUAAUACCGACAAAGGUGCUGUCACCACAAAAGAAGAUGCUGUUACCUUGACAGAAGGAGAUGUUUCUGCAGAUAGCGAUGUUACCACUACAGAAGGGGCUGUUACCAACACAGAAGGCUCUACUACUAACACAGAAGACGAUGUUGUCUCCACUGAAGAUGAUGUAACUACCGAUGAAAGUGUUGUUACCUUGACAGAAGGUGCUGUUACUACGGGAAGCACUAUUACCACAACACAGGCCUCAAUUGACUUCACAGAUGGCACUAUUGCUACAACUGAAGGCACCUUUAAUAACACAGGCAGCGCUGCUUCUACAACUGAAGGUGACUUAACUAAAGAAGAUGCGGCUACCACAGAAGGUGUUGUUACUAUAACAGAAAAUGCCUUUACCGCCAGUGAAGGAGCUAUUACCGACUCAGAAGGCACUGUUACAUCGGAAGGCGCUAUUAGUACGACGGAAAGCACUGUUAUCGUCACGGAUGCCGCAGUUACGGCCACAGAAGGUGCUGUGACCACCACAGAAGGCGCUGUUUCCACAGAAGGCUCUAUUAACGACAUAGAAGACACUGUUACCGCCACGGAUGCUGCAGUUACGGCCACAGAAGGCGAUGUAACUACAAUGGAAAGUGCUAUUACCACAACACAAAUCUCUAUUGCCUCCACAGAAGGUACCGUUACUUCAACAGGAGGUGCUGUUAUUAUCACAGAAGGCGCUGUGACUACAACUGAAGGCGCGCUUACUACAGAAGGUGAUGUAACUAAAGAGAAUGCUGUUACCACCACAGAAGGCGCCGUUACUAUCACAGAAAGCGCACUCACUGCCAUUGAAAACGCUGAUAUCUCGACAGAAAGCGCUAUUACCACAGAAGGUGUUAUUAUACCCACGAAAGGAACUACUGGCACAGAAGGCGCUAUUAGCACAGAAGGCGCUAUUAGCACAGAAGGAGCUACUAGCACAGAAGGCGCUAUUAGCACAGAAGGCGCUGUUGCCACCACUGAAAAUGACACUAUCCCUACAACUGAUGCAGCCAUUAGUGAGGCUAGUGGUACAACUGAGUCUGUGACCACAGAGACUAGUGGUACAACUGACUCUGUGACCACAGAAGUCAUUGGUACAACUGGCGCGGUGACUACAGAAGUCAUUAGUACAACUGGCGCUGCCACAAUUGAAGACAAUGAAACUACAGAAGCAGCCACUAGUACAAAUGACGCCAUGACUACAGAGGCUACUGGUACAGCUUCCGCUGUGACUACAGAAGUCUUUAGUACAAAUGAAUCUGCUACUGAACAAACUACAGAAGUAGUUUCCCAUGAAACAAAUAUAAAACAGGAUUCAACUAGUGGCGCAGAAUCUCUGUAUCAAGAUAUUACUACAACUGAACUGAAUACUGUCAAAGACAGCGGUAUAACUACUGAGCAAGCUAGUAGCGAAGGCGAAACUUUGACUGGAUCUACAACUUCAGACAGCCCAGUCAUCACAGAGAGCGCAGUUACCACAGACAGUGGUGAUAUCAAAGACAGUGCAAUAACUACAGAAAGCGUUAUUGCCACAGAGAGCAUAAUUACCACAGAGAGCGCAGUUACCACUACAGAGAGCGUUACCACAGACAGUAGUGUUACCGAAGAGAGAGCAGUCCCCACAAAUGUUGUUGAUGAUGAACAUGCUGUAGCUGUGGGCGCUAUUACCACAGACAGCCCAGUUACUACAGAUAGCACAGUCACUGAUAGUGAAGUUACCACAGACAAUGCAGUGACCACAGAGAACCCAGUUACCACAGACAACGCUGCUACCAUAGACAGCGCAGUGACCACAGACAACGAAGAUAUCAUUGAAAGCUCAGUUUCUACAAAGAGCGCAGUUACCGCAGAUAAUGGCAUUACCAAAGAGAGCAGAAUAACUGCAGAGAGCGUAAUUGCCACAGACAACGCUAUCACUACAGAGAAUGCAGUACCCACUGACAGCAUUGUUACCACAGAUACCACAAUUACCAUAGACAGCAAAGUUGAAACAGAAAGCGCUGCUACCACAGAGAUCGCAAGCACUACACAGAGCACAGACGCAGUUAACACAGACACUAGUGUUACCGGAGAGUGGACAGUGACCACAGACAACGCACUUACUACUGAUAUUACCACAGAUAUUGUUGAUGGUGACAAUACUGUUGCUGAGGGCGCCGGUACCAUAGACAGCCCAGACGAAGGCGUCACUACAAGUGCGGUUACUAUAGAAAGCGCAGUGACUACCGAUAGCGCGGCUACCACCAGUAGCGCAGUUAACGCAGACAGUAGUGUUAUCAAUGACAGCGCAGUUACCACAGAGAGAGCAGUUACCACAGGUAGCGAUAUUACUACAGAUGUUAGAGGAGGAGAGAAUGCAGUUGUUGAGGGUGCCGUCACCACAGAUAGCACAGUUACUACCAGUGCGGUUACUACAAUUAGCGCAGUUACAACCGAUAGAGCAGUUAUCACUGGUAGCUCAAUUACCACCAGUAGCGCAGUCAACGCAGACAGUGGUGUUACCACCGGCAGCGAUAUAACUACAGAAAGCGCAGUUACCAUUGACAGCGAAAUUGUUACUGACAGCAGUGAUACCACAGACAGCGUUACCACAGACAGUGGUCUUGCCACAGACGGUGAUGUUACUACAGAGAGCGCAAUUGCCACUGAUAGCACAGUUAUCACAGUCAGUAGUAUCACUACAGAGAACGCAGAAGGUGUAGUUUUCACCACAGACAGCUCAGUUAACACUGUUGGCGCAGCUACCAAGGACAGCAUUAUUAGUUCAGCGACCGACAGUAGAGAUACAACUAACAGCGCAAUUACCACAGACAGUGCAAUUACCACAGACAGUGCAAUUACCACAGACAGCGCAAUUACCACAGACAGUGCAAUUACCACAGACAGCGCAAUUACCACAGACAGCGCAAUUACCACAGACAGUGCAAUUACCACAGACAGUGUAGUUACCACAGACAGUGCAAUUACCACAGAGAAUGUGAUGACCACCGAUAGUGAUGUAACCACAAACAGAGCCAUAACUACAGAAAACGUCAAUGACACUGAUGGCACAGAUACUGGCGUUACAAGAAACAGUGCUGUAACUACAGAAAGCGCAGUUACUGAUACCACCACAGACAGUUCACACACACCACAGACAGACACCGUCGAUACGAGCACAAUUACUAGUAGCGCUGAUACCGCAGAAGGCCUCAACACCAGUGAAGGUACCGUUGCAACCGAUAGUGGAGUUAACACCGAAAGUGCAUUAAGCACUGGCAGCACAAUAAUCGCAGACAGUAGCGUUACUACCGAAAGCGCAACUGCUACAGAAAAUGUAAUAACUACUGAGGGUGCUGUUAUCACGGACAGUCCAGUUACCAAACAGAAUGAUGUUGCUAGACAUGAAGCUAUCUAUGAAGACACAGUCACCACAGAAAACGCAGUUACCACAGACAACGCAGUUACCACAGACAACGCAGUUGCCCCCGAAAGCGCAGUGGUAACUGAUAGCAAAGUCAUCACAGACAUUGACAUUUCUACAGAGGGCGCAGUGACCACAGACAAGGAAGAUACUUCCUAUAGCGCUGAUACCACAGAGAGCGCAGCUGCCACAGAAACCACAGACAAUAAUGUUACUACUGACAACACAAUAACCACCGAGGACGCAAUCACCACAGACAGCGCAGAUACCUACGAUAGCUUUGUCACCACAGAUAACGCACUUAAAACUGACAGCGCCGAUAACACAGAGAGCGAUGUUUCUAUUAAUAGCGAUGUUACCACAGAUAACGCAGUUACCAGUGUUACUGGGGUUUCCACCGACAGCAUGGCUAACGGCACCACUAACGGAGGAGUGGCCACAGAUAGUGGUAUUGCCAUAGACACAGCAGUAACUACCGAUAGCUCAGUUACGACUGGUAAUGGUGUUACCACAGAAGGUUCAGUUACUGAGGGCCCUGUCACUACAGAAAGGGCUAUUACGACCGACAGUGCAAUUACCACAGGCAAUGAAGUUACCACAGACAACGCAGUAGUCAUAGAGAGGGCAAUAACUACAGAGAGCGCCAUCGCUAAAGACGAUGUUUACACUAUGGAUAGCGCUGUUACUACAGAAAGUGUGAUUACUGUAAGAAACAAUGGUAUUACAGAAAGCUCUACCACAGACAAAGCAGUGACCACAGAGAGUGCAGUUACCACAGACAACGCAGUCAUCACUGAGAGUGCAGUUACCACAGACAACGCAAUCAUCACUGAGAGCGAAGUUACCACAGACAACGCAGUCAUCACUGAGAGUGCAGUUACCACAGACAAUGCAGUGACUGAUAGCGCAGUUACCACAGACAACGCAGUCAUCACUGAUAGCGCAGUUACCACAGACAACGCAGUCACUGAGAGCGCAGUUACCACAGACAACGCAGUCACUGAGAGCGCAGUUACCACAGACAACGCAGUCACUGAGAGCGCAGUUACCACAGACAACGCAGUCACUGAUAGCGAAGUGACCACAGACAAAGCAGUUACCACAGAGAGUUCUGUUACCACGCAGAGCGCAGUUAUCAGUGACAACGUCGUUACCACGCAGAGCGCAGAUACUAGUGACGUGACCACGCAGAGCGCAGAUACUAGUGACGUGACCACGCAGAGCAGCGCAGAUACUAGUGACGUGACCACGCAGAGCGCAGAUACUAGUGACGUGACCACGCAGAGCGCAGUUAGCAGUGACAGCGCAGUUACCACGCAGAGCGCAGAUACUAGUGACGUGACCACGCAGAGCGCAGAUACUAGUGACGUUACCACGCAGAGCGCAGAUACCAGUGACGUGACCACGCAGAGCGCAGAUACUAGUGACGUUACCACGCAGAGCGCAGAUACCAGUGACGUGACCACGCAGAGCGCAGAUACUAGUGACGUGACCACGCAGAGCGCAGAUACUAGUGACGUUACCACGCAGAGCGCAGAUACUAGUGACGUUACCACGCAGAGCGCAGAUACUAGUGACGUUACCACGCAGAGCGCAGAUACUAGUGACGUGACCACGCAGAGCGCAGUUAGCAGUGACAGCGCAGUUACCACGCAGAGCGCAGAUACUAGUGACGUGACCAGGCAGAGCGCAGAUACUAGUGACGUGACCACGCAGAGCGCAGAUACUAGUGACGUGACCACGCAGAGCGCAGUUAGCAGUGACAGCGCAGUUACCACGCAGAGCGCAGAUACUAGUGACGUGACCAGGCAGAGCGCAGAUACUAGUGACGUGACCACGCAGAGCGCAGAUACUAGUGACGUGACCACGCAGAGCGCAGUUAGCAGUGACAGCGCAGUUACCACGCAGAGCGCAGAUACUAGUGACGUGACCACGCAGAGCGCAGAUACUAGUGACGUUACCACGCAGAGCGCAGAUACCAGUGACGUGACCACGCAGAGCGCAGAUACUAGUGACGUUACCACGCAGAGCGCAGAUACCAGUGACGUGACCACGCAGAGCGCAGAUACUAGUGACGUGACCACGCAGAGCGCAGAUACUAAUACUAGUGACGUGACCACGCAGAGCGCAGAUACUAGUGACGUUACCACGCAGAGCGCAGAUACUAGUGACGUGACCACGCAGAGCGCAGAUACCAGUGACAGUUCCAUUACCACGGAGCGCACAGAUGCCACGGAAGGCACUGAUGCCACGGAAGGUAUUGCAGCCAGAAACGACGCUAACACUCAAGGAGCGAUCACUACAGAGCGUGCAUUUACCACUGAUAGCAGCUUUACCACGGAAACUGCAGUUACCACUGAGACUGUUCUUACCACAGAUACAGCAGUCGCUACAGAUGCCACUGUCACCACAGAUACAGCAGUCGCUACAGAUGCCACUGUCACCACAGAUACAGCAGUCGCUACAGAUGCCACUGUCACCACAGAUACAGCAGUCGCUACAGAGGCCACUGUCACCACAGAUAGAGCAGUCGCUACAGAUGCCACUGUCACCACAGAUACAGCAGUCGCUACAGAUGCCACUGUCACCACAGAUACAGCACUCGCUACAGAUGCCACUGUCACCUCGGAUGAAGCCUUGACGAAUGACGUUGUAACUAAAGAAGGAGGUUUUACAUCAGAGGCCCUUGACACCAAUGAUAAUACUGUUACCAGUGAAAACACUGUAAGCACAGAAACCAUCACUACAGAUCAAGUUGUUACUGAGGGUGCUGUUACCACAGAUAAUGAUAUUACCACAGAUAACGCACAUAGCGAUGUUACCACAGUCAAUGAAUAUAGCACUGUUUCCACUGAGAAUGCUUUCUCUACCGAAACCGCUGCUAACUCAGAAGGCGCAGUGACUUCAGAAGGUAUUGCCACAGAGAGCACUGUCACAGAAGGUGCCAUAACUACAGAUGCUGUUGCCACAGAGAGCGCUCUCACUUCCGGAAGCGCUCCUACCACAGAACGCGCCAUUACUACAGAAGGCGCCAUUACUACAGAAGGCGCCAUUACUACAGAAGGAGCCACAACUACAGAAGGUGCCAUAACUACAGGCGUUGUUAUCACAGAUAGCGAUGUUACCACUGAUAGCAUUGUUACAGCGAACAAUGCUGUUAGCGCAGAAGGCGCAGUGACUACGGAAGGCACAGUGACUACGGAAGGCGCAGUGACUACAGAAGGUGCUAUUGCCACAGAUAGCGAUGUUACCACUGAUAGCAUUGUUACAGCAAACAAUGCUGUUAGCGCAGAAGGCGCAGUGACUACGGAAGGCACAGUGACUACGGAAGGCGCAGUGACUACAGAAGGUGCUAUUGCCACAGAUAGCGAUGUUACCACUGAUAGCAUUGUUACAGCGAACAAUGCUGUUAGCGCAGAAGGCGCAGUGACUACGGAAGGCACAGUGACUACGGAAGGCGCAGUGACUACAGAAGGUGCUAUUGCCACAGAUAGCGAUGUUACCACUGAUAGCAUUGUUACAGCGAACAGUGAUGUUAUUAGCACAGAAGAUGCUGUUAGCACUGAGGGCGCAGCUACUACAGAAGGCACAGUGACUACGGAAGGCGCAGUGACUACAGAAGGUGCAGUGACUACGGAAGGUGCAGUGAUUACGGACGGCGCAGUGACUACAGAAGGUGCUAUUACCACAGAUAACGUUGUUACCACUGAGAGUUCUGUUACUACAGGUAGCGAUGUUACCACUGAGGGCGCAGCUACUACAGGAGACGUCGUAACUUCAGAAAGUGCUGUUACCACAAACGGUGAUGUUAUCCCAGAUUUUGCAGCAACUACAGAAGGCGCUAUUGCUACAGAAAGCACUUUUACCACAGAAAGAGCUCUAAGCACAGAAAGCGCUAUUACUAUAGAUAGCGAUGUUACCGCGGACAGUGCUGGUUCCACGAACCCCGCUAUUACUAAUGAUAUGGUGGCUAAAGAGGGUGUAACUAAUAAUGAAAUUACUACCACAGACGAUGGUAAUACUACUGAAGGUGAAAUCGAUGGUUCAAUCACUCCAGACAGUGUUAGUCGUGUUGUUUCCACCGAAGAGGCUGUUAAAGCAGAAAGCGUCUUGACUACAGAAAGCAAUGUUUCUAGGGAUAGUGCUGUUACCAUGGAGAGUGCUGUUACCACGGAGAGUGCUGUUACCACUGAGACUACAGUUACUGAGGGUACUGUUACCAUAGUGAACGCUGUCACCACCGAAGCCACUAUUACGUCAGAAGGCACCGUGAACACAGAAGGCGUUGUUACCACAGAUAAAGCUGUUACCACGGAUAGUGAUGUUACUACAGAAAGCGCUGUUACAACGGUCAAUGCUGAUACCACGGGGGAUUCUGUUACCAAUGGGGAUGAUGUUACCAAUGAGGGUGAUGUUCCUACCGAGGCUGACGUUACCACAGAAAGCGCUGUUACAACAGAUUGUUUAGUUACUGCAGAAAGCGCUGUUACCACAGAGGGUGUCGUUACCACAGGUGCUGUAACCACUGAAAGCGCUGCUACCACAAAUAGCAUUGAAACUACAGAAGGCGUAGUUACCAUGGAUAGUGCAGUUACUACAGAAGGUGAUAUUACCACUGAUAAUUCUGCCACCACAGAUAGCAUUUAUACCACUGAAGGCGCCUUGACUACAGAAAGCACUGUUACCGCAGAUAGUGACGUUACCACAGAUAGUGACGUUACUACAGUAAGUGCUGUUACCACAGAAGGUGCUAUUACCACAGGUAGUGGUGUUACCGCAGAAAGCGCUGUUACAACGGAUAUUGCGGUUACUACAGAAAGCGUUGUGACUGCUGAGGAUGCUGUUACCAUAGAGAGCGUUCUCACCACUGAAACUGCUGCUACUUCAGAAGGCGCCUUGUCUACAGAAGGCGUUGUUACCACAGAGAGUGAUGUUACUACAGAAGGUGAUGUUACUACAGAAGGUGAUGUUACUACAAAUAGUGCUACUACCAGUGAAAGUAUUGAUUCUGAAGAGGGAGCAAUCACUAGUCAUUACACGACAGACGAUGACGUUAAUACUGAGAGCGCUCUUAAAGCAGAUAAUUCAAUCACUUCAGAGAACAAUAUAAAGUCUGAUGAUGUUCGAACAACUAGUAAUGCUGGUACCACUGAAAGUGCUGUAUCUAAUGACGGUACUGGUACCACGGAGGCUGUUGCUACUGAGAAGACCACAGACACUCAAGUUACCAACGAAGACGAUGGAUAUCCUGUCAGCACUGAGAGUACGCUUCCAACAGUCAACUCUAUUACUUCAAGCGACGCUAUAACUACUGCUAAUGUUGACACUACAAAUAGUGCUGUUACUUCCGAAAGUACUGGUACCAGUGACGACACUGCUCCCAUAGAGAGUGUUGCUAUAGAUGACACAAUUACAACAGUACAAGCAGACAAAGAACAACCAGAUUCAGGAGCAACUUUAACAACUGAACACGCAAUUGACACGACUUCAGACUCAAGUUCUGAUGCCAGACAUCCUGAUCAACAGCUUGAUUCUGCAGAAUACAGUUCCGAAAAUGAUUCGGUGACAUGCGGACCUGAUGAUUACGAUUCCAAUGAGGAUUAUUCUGAAGAGUCUGGAGAACAGGUUCCGACUACAACAGAGUCAGAUGAAGGUAACGAUGCUGAAUUGCCGACUGACAAACCAGCAGCUACAACUACGUCUCCUGAAGAGAUCGUUGAUCAAACAAUGUCUGAAGGAUCACCAGUGACUGUCCCUGUCACAGAAGUUGCUACCGCUCCACUUUCUACAGAGGAAACUUUGACUGAUGUAUCGACUUCUCUUCACUCUGAAUCACAACCUGAAGGAACUACGUCACUUCCAGUCACUACAUCAGAAACUGAAGCUCUAAUAUCUGAAUCAGUAACUAGAACUGAAAUACCUGUACUAUUAGAAACUCAAGAUUUAUCGACAGAUUCUACAUAUUCUACUCCCGAAGCAAGCAGUGAACAACAUGCGCCUAUUGCAACACAAAGUGAUGAUUCAAGUGCUGUACAAAGUCUGCAAAUUGAAGGAUCAUCAACUGAACAACCUAUAGUAAAUGCUGAGGAAACUGAUGAUUAUGAAUCUAGGAAGCAACCGGACUCCAGUAUUACUAGUCAACCGGAAACAACAAUGACUGUUGAUGGAUCAUCCCAAUAUCCUGCAAGCGAUAGAGGAUCGGUCAUUGAUACAUCGACAGAUAAAGAUGGAACAACAAUAGAAUAUGAAACUACAUCUACAGACGCAACUGUAGCCACUGAAUCUAUUGCAAGUCUAGAAGGAACGACACCCUCAUACCUUACUGACAAUGAACCCGCAAAACAUAUGAAUAUAGAAACAACAACGAUUGAAGGUGAUAGAACUGGCCUGACAAGUACAGAAACUAAUGAUUUGACUACACCCAGAGACGCAAAAUCUGAUGUAUAUACUGAAGAUGGAACAAAAGUGUUAGGAGAUUCUAUUGACACUACUACAAGUAGAGCAGAUUCGACGACAGCUAGUAUACUUACACGUGAUGAUGCAUCGACCAUAACAAAUGACGGAACCUCUGAGAGAGAUUUAACAAAUGAAGACGCAGUAUCUUCUAAAGAAGCAACAACAAAAACAGAUAUAAUUACUCAAACUACUGAAGAUCAAUUUGUAAUUGCCGAAACAACAUUUGAUAAUAAACAAACUGACGGAUCUACAUCAAGCGCUGAUCAACAAACAACUUCUAUAUACGACCAAACAACAACAGCGAAUGUUCAGAAUAAGGAUAAUUCAGAAUCAACUACCAAUGCACAAGAUGCAACAGCUACUACAAUUACAGAAGAACAAUAUCUAACAACUACAGAAGAUAACAAACAAAUAGCAACAGAAGAUGCAAGCAACAAACAAAUUAUUGAAGAACAACUAACAUCUUCUGCAACAGAAACUGCAUAUAAACAUGAACCAAGUGAAAUAGAAGACGAAUACGUAAAACAAAAGCAAUUACAAUUAGAAUCUGCUUAUCAAAACCAAGAAUCUAACAAACAACAUGCAACAACAGUUGAGCAAGCAUCAGACCAAACAACAGAAGAUCAACUGAUAGAAGAAAUACCAACAACAACAACGAAUAUACAAGAGAACAACGGUUCUGCCCAUUCUCAUACAAGUUACGCCUCAGAGCCGAAACCACCUGGAACGCAAUCUGUCAUGUUCGAAACUGAAGUAGCGAUGCCUAAUACAGGAGGAAAGUUGGGCCUUAACCACGGCAGGAGAGAAAUAAUGAACGCUUUAGAGAGCAACAUGCGUCUGAAGAUUCUGCUGCUGCCGAAGGGUCCCGCCGGCAAGAACUGCUACUGCUCGUGUGACAGCAGGACGCCGCCCGCCAUCAUUCCUCUGUCAGAGCUGCCGCCACAACCUACCGCUUAGAUACUGCAUUCACUGCACCCUUUCAAUAUUCUAUCUGUUGUUUUCCUAGAGAUGGGAAUGUUUCAUUGACUUGUUAAACUCCUUUCUGAAGUAAGCAAAUCAACACAUAGAUAUAUAUUGGCGACGGGCGUAAGUCCAAUAGAUGCGGCGCUUGUGUCUAUGCCAUUGCUUAGUUAUUACAAGCAGUACGUAAGAAAAUAGUUCCAGAAUAUUCCGCUAGGCUUAUUCAAUAAAACUUAUUACGAACCAUCCAUUGUUUUAAAAUUGGAUAUAGAAUUU